GAAACACUGGGGUGGAUAAUGCACAAAAUCCCAGUCGAUCCACACAUUGUGUCAGAGCAGGCAAAGAAACAGAAGCUGCACAAUGAAGUGUCCUGCCGUUUCAUUGCUGCUCCUGAUCGUCGCUGUGGAAACAGGAUGCUCAACAGGAAGCAGAUUCUUCAUCUCAGCUCCAAAUGUGUUUCAUGUGGGAGUUAAUGAGAAAGUGUUUGUCCAGAUGGGGGCGCCUCAUCUCAACAGUCCUGUCACUCUCUACCUGGAGCAUGAGAGCUCCAACACAGUUGUGUCUGAGAAGAAAAUCGUCAGGUGCUUCGACCAACAGGACAACGAAACAGCUGAGCUCAUGAUAGACAGUAGAAUUAUGUCAAGAUUUCCGCCUCCAAAACAUCAACCGUUGUACCUUUUGUUAGUGGCAGAGAGCCCAACCUUCGAUAAAAGGAAGUUUACCAGGGUCCUUGUAUCAAAACACAGGGGUUAUAUCUUCAUUCAGACUAAUCAGCCAAUGUACAACCUAAAAGAGAAAGUGAGUUACAGGAUAUUCACUCUAGACCACACGCUCAGGCCUUAUGAGGGAACGCUGCACACAUCAGUAUUUAAUGCAGCUGGAAACAGAAUAAUGAAGUCCUCCAGGAAAACACAGGGAGGUAUAAUCAGUGACACUUUCCCCAUACCUGAUGUUUCUGGAACGGGCACAUGGAAGAUUACAGCUCACUAUGAUGAAGACGAAGCAAAUGCUGCUACUCGAGAGUUCAAAGUCCAAACAUUUGUUUUACCAAGUUUUGAGGUGAACAUCAAAAUGGAGCAGAAAUACGUUUUGAUGAAGGCUGAAGAGUUUGUCUUCACUAUCUCGGCCAUGUAUUCCCAUGGUGAGAAAGUUACAGGAGCUUACCACUGCAAAUUUGGCGUGUUAAUAAAAGGUGGAGCUUCUGGUGAAAAAAGGAAGACUGUCAUUAUUAGGGGACUAGAGCUGACUGGCUCGGUCCAAGAUGGAACGGCCACAGUUUCUCUCCAUAAAGCACAAUUAAAUGAGCGACUCCAGAAUGACAUGAACCUGACCCUCUCAGAUUUACAGCAAAAUGAAGCACAAGUCUAUUUGGGAAUAUUCGUCACCAACAUAAACAGUGGUGAAAUGCAAGAGGCAGAAGUUUAUCUUCCCGUCCUCUCCCACAAAUACACCAUGGAUCUCUCUCGAACUCGCUCACACUUCGUUCCUGGAUACACACUAGAUGUGGUGGUGAUCAUGCGUCUCCCAGAUGGGUCUCCAGCACCUAAUGUGCCAGUCAGGAUUGUCCUACCAGAAUCUUCAGAGCUACCUAAGCAAGACACUACCAACCAGGAGGGGGCAGUGUUUCAUACCUUUAAUAUUAACAGUGCAGCUGCGAUUACUGUUGAAGUGACUGCAGACGACCUGCAUCAGAGGAAAACAAUUCAACCUGCUUCAUCUCCAAGUGGCAGCUACCUUUACAUGAGUAUUACCAACAAGCUGUACUCUGUGAAAGACAUACUUACAGUAACCUACAACACCUUGAAUGGCCCAACAGAUGGGUAUAUAUACUACAUGGUACUGAGCCGCGGCACCCUGAUUACAAAGGGAUCCGUCCCAAUUGGCAGCUCAGUGAAGAACGACCUGCAGAUAACACAUGAUAUGGUUCCAACCUUCCGACUGAUAGGCUACUUCCACAACCAGCGUGGUGACAUCAUCUCUGACUCAGUGUGGGUAGAUGUCAGGGAUGAAUGUGAGAUAAAGGUCAAGGUUCAACAAAAAGGAAGCUCUGAACCUGGAAAACCUUCGAAGCUAGAAUUUGACCUACAUGGUCAGAGAGCCAGAGUUGCUCUGCUCGCUGUGGAUAAGGCCUUCUACGCUCUCAAUGCUGAUAAUAAACUCACAGCCAAACAGGUGUUUUCUGCUAUGCAGUCGUACGACCUUGGUUGCUCAUAUGGUGGAGGAUCUGACUCAGCGUCCAUAUUAAAAGAUGCUGGUCUGUCUUUUGUAUCUCAGUCUCAGUCAGUGUGGAGAAAAGAUCUUCGCUGUGGUUCACAAUCUGCACGACAGAGACGCUCUUUGGACCUUCAGCUGGAAUUGAUGGCCUUGAAAACGAACUUUUCUGAUGAAAAACUUCAGGACUGUUGUAGUCAAGGGUUUUCUCUCAUCCCCAUGAGACUGACCUGUGAUGAAAGAGCAAAGAGGGUUUCUCUGGUGCAGCAAAAUGAAGAGUGUGUAAAAGCCUUUUUAAAUUGCUGCCUGGAGGGAGAGCGUCUGAGGCACAAAAAGAUACAAGAGGAUGCCCAGAAAGGACUUGGCCGGACUGCAAGUGAAGAUGACAUUGAACAGUUCUUCUUGGACACUGCUGCUCAGUACAUUCGACGAUAUUUCCCUCCCAGCUUUGCAUUCACUGAAUUUGACGUAAAUGAUAGAUACUGGUAUCCUCUGACUCUGCCCGACUCCAUCACUACAUGGGAAAUUCAGGUCAUCACAUUAUCUGCAGCCAAUGGUUUUUGUGUGGUUCAACCGACUGAGGUCAGAGCCUUUAAGAAGACGUUUGUGUCUCUGAGACUGCCUUACUCAGUGAAAAAAUACGAGCAAAUAUUCAUUUCACCUGUUAUCUACAACUAUGGCAAUAGCCCGCUGGAGGUGGCUGUUCAUAUGGAACAAACCGAAGGACUCUGCUCCCCUGGUUCCGCCACCACCACCGGGUUUGUUAACAUCAAUGUGAAGCCACAGUCUUCCCAGUCUGUCUUUUUCUCUGCAGUCCCCAUGGUAACAGGCUCCAUACCCAUCAAAAUACGUCUCUAUGAUAUAAAGAAUGAGAUGGGACUGGAUGCAAUUGAAAAGACUUUGAAUGUGUGGACUGAAGGAUUACAAAAGAGAGUAGAAGAAACCCGAGUGAUUAACUUAGAUGGGAAGAGCACAAAUACCAUCUUUUAUGAUGGAACACUACCAGAUGAAGUCAUCCCAGAGUCCAGCUCCAAUAUCUUUAUUUCAGCAGAAGAGAAUGGAUUUCAGGCACAAGCCAAAAACCUACUGAAUCCGGAGAAAGUUGCCAGCCUGAUCGUGUUGCCUACGGGAUGUUUGGAACAGACAAUGGUACGACUUGCUCCGACAGCUUCAGCCCUGCGGUACCUUGAUCUGAGUGAGCAAUGGUUGCACCUUCCUGCAGGUGCCAGGGAUGAGGCUAUUGAUAAAAUUAUCAAAGGUUAUACCAGGAUUUUAACCUACAAGAAAACAGGUGGAGCUUAUGGAGCAUGGUACUCUGUGCCAUCCAGUAAUUGGGUGACUGCCCUCGUAGUAAAAGUUCUGUCCUUGGUGGCACAGCGUCAGACAGGGGCUUUAGGACAGCAGGGCCGGAUAACUGGGGUUGUGCCUGCUGAGGAGAUCACAGACUCAGUCAGUUACCUGCUCUCAGUACAGAAGACAGACGGGUCAUUCAUUGACCCACAUCCUGUGUUACACAGAAAUGUCCUGAAAGGCAAUGACCAACAUGCCUCCAUGACGGCUUUCAUCACUCUGUCGCUGCAGCUGUCCCGUCAGUUCCUGCACAGUCAAACACGAAAUGCUGUGGAGGCAAGUAUUUCAAGAUCAACAACAUACCUCAUGUCCCACUUCGAGACGCUUCAGCAUCCAUACGCUGUUGCCAUCACUGCCUACUGCCUCGCCGUUUGCCUGCCAGAGGGAACAGAUCUCUCAAGUGUCUGGACAAAACUUCAAGCAAUGGCAACCGAAGGGAAGGAUGGCUGUUAUCUGUGGACAAAAGAUGAUAGCACACAGAAUCAAAAUGAAGCUGACGGCAUCACAGUAGAGACUACGGCCUACGCCCUACUCACUGCAGUGGCACUUCAGAAAACCCAGGAUGCUGACAAAGCAGCAUGCUGGUUGGUCACCCAGGAAAACUACUUUGGAGGCUAUAAAUCAUCACAGGAUACCAUCAUGGCACUGGAAGCCCUCGCUGAGUAUGAGCUAAAGAGGCCUGGCUAUCCCGAUUCAAAUAUUAUUGCAGAGUUCACUGUCCCGGGAAGGAAAGAAUUGGUAAAGCUUGAGCUGGUAAAUCGGGAGAAGGUGGAAACAGACCUAAAGAAACUUGGGGGAGCAGGGAAAAACAUCAAUAUUCAGCUGUCAGGAAAAGGAGCGGUCAAACUAAAAAUUGUAAAGGCUUUCCAUUUACUGGAUCCCAAGGACGAGUGUGCCAAACUGUCUAUCAGUGUCUCAGUGGAGGGGAAAGUAAAGUACACCGCUAAGAUCAUAGAAACGUAUGAAUACUAUGACGACUACAACAACAAAGAGGAAGAAGAGUUGACAGUGCCACAAUCAGCGAUUGCUCAGUCUGAUAAUCGCACCCGGAGCAAGAGAGAUGUCGAUGCCACCGGAAAUUCAAACACGAUUGUCACCUACACAGUCUGUGUCAGUCACAGUGUGAACAACACUCUCACAGGAAUGUCGAUUGCUGACAUCACACUACUGAGUGGAUUUGAAGUUGAAACUGAGGAUCUGGAAAAGCUAAAAAAGUUAGAGCAAUACAUUUCCCAUUAUGAAGUCUCCCAUGGAAGGGUGCUGAUCUACUACAAUCAGCUCUUUAAGCCAAAGGAAUGUAUUAAUUUCGAUGCCGUACAGAUGGUUCCUGUCGGCCUUCUGCAGCCUGCUCCAGCUGUGUUCUAUGACUAUUAUGAACCAAGCCGAAAGUGUACCGUGUUCUACUCUGCCCCCCAGAGAAGCAAGCUGGUCUCCAAACUGUGUUCAGAGGACGUGUGCCAGUGUGCAGAAAGACCGUGUCACAAACAAAAAAUUAUGUUUGGAUCUGAAGGAACUGGAAGACUGACGAAGAAUGAUCGCCUACAACAUGCUUGCUUCUUCCCCACAGUAGAUUAUGCGUACAUUGUUGAAAUUGACAGUGUUUCAAUGAAGAGCAACUUUGAGAUAUACAACUCUAGAAUAAUCGAUGUUCUUCGAUCAAAUGGAGAUAUGCUUGUUCGUGAAAAUUCAGUUCGAGUGUUUGUUAAGAGGCGUCAGUGCAAAGGAGAGAUGAUUCCGGGAAAGAAGUAUCUGAUCAUGGGCAAAGAUGGCUCCACAACCGACUCCAGUGGAGCGAUGCAGUAUCUGUUGGAAUCAAACACCUGGGUUGAAAAAAAGCCUUCAGAUGGAGAGUGUAAAAGAUCUGCUCAUCUGGCUGCCUGCAGAGGCUUUACAACAUUUGUGAACGACUACAAGCUGGACGGCUGCAGACAGUGAAUCAAAUCUGAGAGCUCUAUUCUCAUGUAUUACGAUAUUUAACCUUUGCAUAAUACAUGAAGAGUCUAUAACAUGAAAGCAUCUGCAAAUGCGGAGACAUUAUUGCUCGCCUUAUUCAGUCUCCUACAUAGUAUCACUUUAACAUGUACCGCUUCUUCAUUUCUUUAUGUCUGAAAAACAGCAACCAGUUUUCGAAUAAAAACAUCAGCAAGGG